AUGGGUCUAUGGAGCGACACCGCAGCGAUUCUGCCCGGCCACGCAAAACUAAAACUCGAGCCGCUGGCCAAGGAGCUUGAAGCUAAUCUUAAUCAUCUCUCUGACAAGAAUCACGAUACAAAUACUGGUCCUCCUAUCAAGUCGAAGCCGUUGCCACCGCCUCAACUCAUCCGCCACUCUAGCGAUUGGCUUUCUCAACUCUUAACGUCGACUCCCGGCUGGCCGUUGUCGACACCGCCACAGCACAAUCGACGACCCUCCGCCCACUCCCUCGACAUCGCCGUCGAUAUGCCCUCGCUCAAUGGCGUCGUCGCCUCCCACGAGGAGGAGACGAAUGGCAACGCACAAGACCACAAUGGCACCACCGCCUCCGUCCUCGCCCGCCGACCAAAGACGCCCACGACAUCCGCCAUGGCCCUGACCGAGUACAGCGUGUGCCCCUCGCCGCCAUCGGAGACGGCCCAGGCGCGCAUCAAGCAGAUUGUUCCUGACGAGUUUCUGCUACCGGACGGCUACCCAGAUUACCUUCGCAUGAUCCUCUCCGCCACGUCCCGCAUCUACGAGGCCUGCAAGGCCACCCCCCUCACCCACGCCGUCAAUCUCAGCAACCGGCUCGAGUGCAACGUCCUAUUCAAGCGCGAGGAUGAGCAACCCGUCUUCAGCUUCAAGCUGCGCGGCGCCUACAACAAGAUGGCGCACCUGGACCCCGCGCGGUCGUGGAAGGGCGUCGUCUGCUGCUCAGCUGGCAACCACGCGCAGGGUGUCGCCUACUCGGCGCGCAAGCUCAAGAUCCCCGCCACCAUCGUCAUGCCCGAAGGCACUCCGAGCAUCAAACACACCAACGUCGCGCGCCUCGGCGGCCACGUUGUCCUGCACGGCGCCGACUUUGACGCCGCCAAGGAGGAGGCCGCGCGCCGCGCCGCCCACGACGGCCUCAUCAACAUCCCGCCCUUUGACGAUCCCUACGUCAUCGCCGGCCAGGGCACCAUCGGCAACGAGCUCUUCGCCCAGGUCAACAUGGCCAAGGUCGAGGCCAUCUUCUGCGGCGUCGGCGGCGGCGGCCUCAUCGCCGGCAUCGGCGUCUACGUCAAGCGCAUGGCGCCGCACGUCAAGAUCAUCGGCGUCGAGGCCCACGACGCCAACGCCAUGGCGCAGUCGCUGCGCAAGGGCGAGCGCGUCGUGCUCCGCGAGGUCGGCCUCUUCGCCGACGGCGCCGCCGUCAAGUCGGUCGGCGAGGAGCCCUUCCGGCUCGCGCGCGAGGUCGUCGACGACGUCGUCGAGGUCAGCACCGACGAGAUCUGUGCCGCCAUCAAGGACAUGUACGACGACACGCGGUCCGGGCUCGAGCCCGCCGGCGCGCUGCCCAUCGCCGGGCUGAAGAAGUACGCCGCCGCCAAUCCCUCGCGCGAUCCCUCACGCACCCUCAUCGCCGUCACCUCGGGCGCCAACAUGAACUUUGACCGCCUGCGGUUCGUCGCCGAGCGCGCCACCCUCGGCGAGGGCAAGGAGGUGCUGCUCGCGUGCACCAUCCCCGAGCGGCCCGGCGCAUUCGCGCGGCUCGUCGAGGCGGUGAUGCCGCGGCCUGUCACCGAGUUCUCCUACCGGCGCGCCGGUGGCGACGCCGCCAACGUGCUGCUCGGCCUGUCCCUGACGGCGCCCGUCGCGCAGCGCGCCGACGAGCUGCGCCGGCUGCUCGCGCGCGUCCGCGACGACGGCACCAUGACCGUGGCCGACCUCUCCGCCGACGAGCUCGCCAAGAGCCACCUGCGGUACCUGGUCGGCGGCCGCGCGGCCGUCCCGGACGAGAAGCUCUUCAUGUUCACAUUCCCUGAGCGGCCCGGUGCACUCGAGCGCUUCCUGCUCGCCGUUCGGCCCAAGUUCAACAUCAGCCUCUUCCAGUACCGCAACUACGGCGGCGACGUCGCCAAGAUCCUGGCGGGCAUCGAGUGCCCGGACGCCGAGCUGCCGGAGCUGCUCGACUUUUUGCGCGAGCUCGGAUACCCCUUUCAGGACUGCAGCGACUCGGAGGUGUACAGGAUGUUUCUGCGGACGUAG